GAAGAAUUGACUUUUUGGGAUGGUCUCAUUAGCACCGACCCAUCUAGGCUGGAUUCUUCCUCCACAAGUCCGGACCUCUUUGCUGCCAGGGAGGAGGUAGCCUACCUGAAUGCCUAUAGCAGCCCCUCGGAGGCCAUCCUUCUGUCUACUACGCCGCCAAUUGAGCCGUCAGUACCUGGACGUCCACGCCUUCUUUCGGUAAAUCUGAGUGAUUGGGCCUCCUUCUAUGCUUGGCGUGGUCUUCCAUUGACCAGUCCACUGGCGCUUCUUCUGCAUUGGCCUCUGACGGUAUAUUUCAUCCUCAACAAUUUUCUUCGGCACGUAGGGGAGGAUGCUUAUCUGUCAGUAGUUUACCAAGAGUCCCUCACAAUACAUCUUGUCGGCGUGGAAAAAGAGGUCGAUCUCCUUCCGGUCUUUAAGGAACUGGAGCAUCUUAUUUCGCCGGAUAUCAAAUGCGUUCAAUUGGUUUUUAUCGGCCCCAGUAUUUCUCCGGCUGCUAGUUCAACCUCGUGGUACCUGUCACCACGUAUAUCUGCGAGGCUCUGGCGUGGACUGUAUCAUAACUUUAUUGCUGAGGGCCUUCGCUGCGGACGAACUGAAACACCGGACCUUGUAAUCGGCUUCAAUGCUGGACUUGCGACUUACUCCACCUGGCCGGAGACGGUAGAUCUUCUCAACAAACUGGGAAAGCCUGUUUUCUUCACUGACUCCUGCCAGUACAGUUGCCUAUGCAGCCUGAGGGUUCUGGAGGAGCUGACGCGCAAAUCCGCAGGCGAAGUCGGCCCAAAGUCGACAGACUUCGAUUUCCUCUGCAGUCUUGUGCUUAAUCCUUUUCGCAGCCCGCUACGAAUCCCCUCAAUGAGUACAAAGUGGCCCUGGCUCAGUAACGCUUUCAUCUUCUCACCCUCUGUCGAUCUCUCUCUGACGAAACAGAUGCUCGAUGUCAAAUUAUAA